AUGGAUAAACAAGGGAGGUUAGGUAGGGGAGGCAGGAACUUUUGUUAUUUUUCAUUCUUAAUGAUAACAUCAUUACAACAUUAUUCAUCAAAUAUUCCUGGCAAAACAUUCAUUAUUAAUAUUAUAAUCUUAAUAAUUGUAAUUCAAAAAGAGAAAAACCAAAAGUUAUUAAUUUUAACUCAUCAACUGAAAAGAGUAUUCUACCAAGAAAAGAUAAGGAUUAUCCUGAAGUAAAACUAACACUUACUGAGGUUUGUAAUUCUUUGCUUUUCUUAUCAAAAUCUAUUUUUCACAAAGGCAGUGAGAAUGAGUUAAUGAAAUGUUUCAAUAUAAAUUCAUAAAUUUUGUUUAUAGUGUCUAUUUUUUAACAUUUUUUUUUUUUUUAGAAAAUGAGUGAAACAUUGAGUGAUCCAGUUUUAGGUGAACAUAAUUAUUGUAAUUCAUCAACUGAAAAAAAGAAAUCCAAACAAGAUAUAGAUUAUUCUGGAGCUAAAAAACCUUGUACUAUGGUUUGUUAUUAUUGUUAAUUGUAAUAACUGUUAAGGAAGUUAUUUUUUUUAUUACUUGUCUAUUUUUAGGUCACUGAUGAUGUUAUUGAAAUUGAAAUGGAAACUCUGGUAAUUGAACAAGACGACAGUCUGUUUGGCCAAUUAAAAGUACAAAAAAAUUUAAUUGUUUUACCAAAAAACUGGUUUUGUGAUGUAGCCUACAAUAUUCUGAAACUUCCAGUGGCUAUUACAUUCUUUACAUUAAAUAACGCUAGUAUUACUAGUAAAAGAUAUGUAGAAAAACAAUUGGUAUUAAACUACGGUACUGUAUAUAAUGUAUUAAACAAUUAAAUAUAUAUACAUAUUUUAAUAUACGUUUUCAUUAAAGCACUGGAUAUAUGAUUAUUAUUUUUUAAUAAGUAAAAUUAUUUCAGUAUCAAAAAUAUUUCAGUUUCAAAAAAUAAAUAUGAAUUUUGUUGAGGCAUGUUAUACCUAUUGAAUAAUAAAUUAUGUAUCUUAAUUUAAAAUAUAAACAUGCAAUCAAAUUAUUAACUCGUAAAGAUAUUGAAUGGUUUAUAAACUUUAUUUUAGAUUCCGAAGUAGCUUUUACUGUCAAUGGAAAAAAUGUAACGCCAAUCGACUUUGGAUUGAAGAAUUACUGUAAACCUUUGGAUGUUUUGAGUUUGCAAAAUUUAAUUGAGGAAUUUGACAAAAUUAAUAUCUGCCAAGGCAUAUCAAAAGAAGAUCUAAAUAUUAAAUUGAAUGUAUUUGAAAAUACUUGUCGCUGGUGGCAUUCUCAAUGUACAAAUAUUUCUGCAGAUACAGAAAGGUAUAAACUUUGAAUAUUAUACACAAGUGUUCAUUUUGCCUCUCUGUUGUUUUAUAUUAAAGUAAUAAUUAUAAUAUGAUUAUUUUAAAAACAUUUAUUUUAUAUUUCAGUUUUCUCUGCUAUUCGUGUAAAAUACUGAACACUGUGGUGUUGAAAAUAACCAAAAGAAAUGUCAACAGCAAAAAUCAUUAA